GACGAGGAUGAGGAGUUUCCCGAUGGAGAAGCGCAGGUAGAAGCAGAGCAUGCUAUCGAGGAUGUAGAAGGUCAUCAUGACUUUGAACAGCCACACUUAAAUGAUAAUCCACCUAGAGUCGUAGAACAGCCCGGACUAGAUAUUCCACCUGCUGAAGAUAAUUGGAGAGAUUUAGAUAGAUUGGGAGACGAAUUGACUUGGCAGAGACUAUUGGGUUUGGACGGUUCACUUGUUUUUCUAGAACGCGUAGUCUGGGUGAUCUCAUUGGAUACACUUUUUACGAUUAUGUUUGCGUAUGCCCCUUAUAAGCUAGGAUUCUAUAUCUUGACCAAGUGUGGAGUCAUGCAAUCCAUCCACUACUUCCCGUCAAUAGCUGCAAUAUUGGCUGGUUACGUUGCAGUCACGGCAAUAAUCUAUGUGCUGCACUAUGUUGUUGGAAUCAUACGAUUAGCAAGAUUCGAUGUGCAGGUGUACGUGUUUUAUUUCGCGUCCUUUGUUCUGCUGUUGCGCGAGGUUUUGCGCCCCGGAGUGUUGUGGUUCAUGCGAAAUUUGAAUGAUCCUGAGUUUAAUCCAAUUCAAGAAAUGAUAGAGUUGCCCGUCACUCGCCAUUUGCGCCGCCUUGUGGCUUCUACGGAUAAUUUGGUUUCAAAGGUGGUGCUGCCUGCUCUACUUGAGCAAACACAAGCCCGUUUCUUGCUAAAAACUAUCGUAAUGUGGUGGUGCGUACACGUGGGUGGUGCGCUCAGUUUGGAUAGUAUUUCUGUUGUUGAUCACGUACUUGUCAGAUAUCUUCUGCCUGAUUUGCCAAAUCCUGAACAUCAACAUGAUGGAGCUGGAGCUGGUGCUGGAGCACAAGGAGUGGGUGGUUUAGCUGCGGAACAUCAAAAACUAUUCUCUGCAUCACUUUCAUCCCGCGCAUCCUCGUUUGCUGCGUCUCCCACCUCUUCAGUUUUUAUUCACUGGAUGAUCGGCAUGGUGUACGUGUUUUAUUUCGCGUCCUUUGUUCUGCUUUUGCGCGAGGUUUUGCGCCCCGGAGUAUUGUGGUUCAUGCGAAAUUUGAAUGAUCCUGAGUUUAAUCCAAUUCAAGAAAUGAUAGAAUUGCCCGUCACUCGCCAUUUGCGACGGCUUGUGGCUUCUACGUCCCUGUGUUUUACAACAAUUUUUCUUAUCGUUUAUCUUCCCUUGGUUAUUGUGCAAAAGCUAUAUUCAUCUUUGUUGCCCUAUAAUAUGAGCCUUUCUGCUGAUACACCCUUGAGCGAACUAUCUCUUGAACUCCUGAUUCUACAGGUGGUGCUACCUGCUCUGCUUGAGCAAACACAAGCCCGCUUCUUGCUAAAAACGAUAGUAAUGUGGUGGUGCGUACACGUGGGUGGUGCCCUCAGUUUGGAUAGGUAUCUUCUGCCUGAUUUGCCAAAUCCUGAACAUCAGCAUGAUGGAGCGGGAGCUGGAGCUGGAGCACAAGGAGUUGGUGGUUUAGCUGCAGAACAUCAAGCUCUACUGCUCCUUCGUGAACCGCAAGCUUUUCAACCUUAUAUUCGACCUCGUUUCUUCCCUCUCCGUGUUCUGGUCCUCCUCGGAACAAUGGCGGUAACAUGCUGUUUUGCAAGCUGCUUGCUUUUCCUUGUACCAGUGGUUGUUGGGAGAACAAUCAUUCACAACCUCACUGGCUACUCCAAUGUUCACGAGCUAUACACUGUUGGGACGGGACUCUAUGUGUGUUGGAUGUCCGUAAAAAUGGGUUUGCUUACUCUGCAUUGGUUCCACCUUGGCUUGAAUCAUUUGAAAGAAGCGUUCGUCAACUCCAUAUAUCUGAUUUACCAGGAUGGGAUUCGCAAUCUACGAGCUCGCUUCAUACUAACACAGCUCAUUAUUCCAGUGAUUCUCUUUCUUAGUUCUUUGUUAGCUUUUCCCUAUCUCAUAGCUCGGUUAUAUAUCUUUCUGAUAGGUGCACCGCUUGAAGAAAGUGUUCUCGUGCUACGAUACUGUUUCCCAAGUAGUUUAAUCAUACUUCUAGUCGUUAGCUUCCUUCGAUGGCAAUUGAAUAAGAUUCAAGGACUUGCAGAGAACAUCAGAAAUGAAAAGUUGGUGAUUUUGUUUAGAAACGAAAAGUUAAGAAUGAUCUGA